AUGAAGGUGUGUAUUGUUGGCAGUCAAGGUAUAGGGAAGACGUCGUUUGUCUCCAAAUUUACGCGGAAUUCGAUCAGUGAUUCUGUUGUUAUUACGGAGACGUCGGACUAUGAAGUUUCCAUCACGGUGAAGGGGCGAAUUGUCGAUUUAGACAUCCACGACAUGCAGAUGUGUGAAAGUCCGAUUGAGCGCAAAAGGGUGUUCAACCAAACUGAUUGCUUUCUCCUCUGUUUUGCGAUGAACGAUAGAAAGUCGUUUGAAGACAUCAAGACAAAGUGGUUUAAUGAAGUCACAGAAGUCUCUGAUGGGCGGUGUGUCUUAGUUGGUCUCAAAGCAGACUUGAAAGAUGUGAAGCAAAGUGUCGUCACAGACACUGAAAUUUGUAAUUUGGCACAACAACUCAAGACAUGUGGGUGGGCGACGCUUUCAAUAUAUCGACAUAAAGGAAUUAAAGAUCUUUUUGACUUUAUCGCAUAUGGGGUGUCCAUCCCUUGCUUCUCGCCUACUCGAAAGGAAAGUGAAAGAAAAAAGAUCGCAAAAAAUCGAAUAGCUCUUUAA